UCAUACUUCCAAUGGACGUGAGUACCUGUUUGUUUUGGCAAUUGAUCAGCGCAAUUGAUCCGCGCAAGAUCAGAGAAGGCGUCUGAAAGCUGACAGGAUGUAAAAGCAUCAGUUAGUAAGGAAGUUGAAGCAUGCAGUCUAAGUGGUGCAACUGUAAACCAAAUGAGAUUUGAGGUGAUUCAAGAUGUCUUUAGGACUCAAGAUAGUAUUGUGUGCGUUUGCUGCCAUAUUGACCUGUUCCGUUCAGUGUGUCAAGAGCGCAAGGUCUGGAAGGAAAGGUUGCGCACAAGUGCUCCGAGACUUAAAGAGGAAUCCACCGAAUCAUACCGUGAUCCAAAUCAACAUACGCUUAUUCAAAGCAAAAUACAUUUGUCAUAAAGGAUUCAUUUUGUCCGGGUCUGAACUGCGGACUUGCAGGAGAGGGAGAUGGAGAGAGAAAGAGGACCCCAAAUGUUUAGUUCCCAGACCUUGUGGAAGACCCAAGGUUAUACCACACCUUAAAUACACAGGUUCAAGUUUUAACUUCAAGGAUAAUUUGAAGUAUGAAUGUGACGUCGGCUUCAAACUGAAAGGACCCAAAAGAAGAAAAUGUGGUAUUACUGGAAAGUGGUCCAGGGCACCUAAAUGUCUAGGUCCUUGCGGGAAGCCCAGCGAUGUCCCCCACGCUCACGUUGAAGGUUCAAGUUAUGACUUCAAAGAUACACUCAGUUACAGCUGUGUGAGAGGCUACAAACUUAACGGACCAAUCAGCAGAAAGUGUCUCGAAAAUGGAGUGUGGUCUACAGCUCCGUCAUGUUCACGAAUCCAAUGCGAGGAUCCUGGAAAGCUAACCAUGCGAAAUGGAAAUAUAACUUCAGAUGAAACCAAUUUCUUUUAUGGCGCAACUUUGUUGUUCGAGUGCAAUGAAGGCUAUGAGUUGAAAGGAUCUAAAACAGUCAGUUGCUUGGAAAAUGGCUGGAUACCUCGACGGUGGCCAUAUUGUAGCAAGAAAGUUUGUCCUGAUCCUGGAAGACCAGAAGGAGGUCACCGAUUUGGAUACAGAACAGUUGGAAGUACGAUGCAGUUCUUUUGUCAAGCAGGAUAUAAACUCCACGGCUCAGCGGUGAGAAUCUGUCUGGAAAAUAAGGAAUGGAGUGGAUCUCUGACUACGUGUCAAAACGGAAACACCCAUUGCCCGAUUCUUGGUACUCCCGUAAGCGGACGAAAGUACGGUAGCAACUACAACAAAGGAGACAUUGUGAAAUUCAAGUGCAAUCGUGGAUUUGUGCUCAAAGGUUCUGCGGUACGGGUGUGUAGAGAGAACAGGACAUGGAAUGGCACAGAGACUUUCUGUAAAGAUAAAGUCGAGGACAGUUUCGAAGAUGUUAACACAACGGCCUUCAAUCUUCGGAAGAAUCUCAUCGAUACCUUGUUGACGUAUACUAGUGUCAAUACAACGAACCCCUCCGGGAAUACUCGCGGGAGAGCAAUCUUCAAUCAGUACGAUAACAUGUUAGAUCUAGUAUUUGUGCUUGAUGCUUCCACCAGCGUAACGAGAGAAAAGUUUCAACUUGGUCUGAGAUUUGUGAAGAAGCUUGUAAAAUUCCUUGGAACAAAUAGCACGAGGGCUUUCAAAAACAAAAUAAGGACAGCGGCUGUAACAUUUGGCACAGACGUUACACUACACUUCAAUUUGGGAGAUGAAAAGGGCAGCACAAUCCAAAAGACUCUUGCAGCUAUUGACGACAUACGUUUCGAAGGGGGAGCAACUGCCUCAGCUGAUGCUUUGAAAAAGGUCAAAGAUGUAGUGGUCCCUCACAAAAGGUUUGGCAGCGAUGGGGUGCUGAUAUUCAUAACAGACGGAAAAUCAAACACGGGGGGUCCUCCCCAAAAAUUAGCGGCAAAACUCCGCGAAGAAGAUGACUUUGAAAUAUAUGUUAUCGGAGUGGGAAGGGACGUACGUCAAACAGAACUAUGGCAAAUAGCGUCAUAUGGCAAGCGUAGUGUAGUACGCCUCAGAACUUAUGAAGAUCUUGAUAGAGUCAUUGACAAAGCAGUAAACACCUAUGUUAACUAUUCUUCGUGUGGAGAAAGUCAAUAUGACUUGCGCGGACGUAUCGUUGGUGGCGAAAUUUCAAGGAGAGGAAGGUGGCCCUGGCAAGUUGCAAUUUACAUCGUCACAAACUAUGAUUGGGCCGGACAACAGAAAUUCCACUGUAGUGGUUCCCUUAUUUCUCGUCAGUGGGUUUUGACUGCCGCUCAUUGCUUUUUUAAAAAGGAGAAAGACGGGGUCCGAAGACUUACCAGCCCGUCCUCAUACGUUUUGUACGCUGGUGUCCAUAACUUAACAAGGAAGGGAAAUAAAGAGACCACGCAAGAAAGAAAACCUAAGAAAAUAAUUCCUUAUCACGAUGAUUUUGACUUCAGCUCGUUCCGAGAUGAUAUAGCUCUUGUGAAAGUCGAGCCGCCGUUUGAAUUGAAAGCGUUUGUGCGAACUGUGUGUUUGCCUGAGAAGGGUGAACCAGAUUUGGCAACUCCUGGCAAUUACGGCACAGUGGCGGGAUGGGGAGGAACAAAGCAUGUUCCAAUUGGAGAAAGGGCUAAGACUCUCGACUCAUCAGAAGUGCUGAAACAUGCUUCUUUUCAAAUCCAAGAUGACCGGUUGUGUGAGAACAAAGCAAGCCUUAAAAUCGACUCUGCCAUAACAUUUUGCGCAGGGGAUGGUAAGGGCAAAAAUGACACUUGCCAAGGAGAUAGCGGUGGAGCAUACGUUCUAGAUACAAAAGUAGAAAAUGGCAAACGCCAUGCAUGGGUCGCCGCUGGUAUUGUAAGUUGGGGCGAUGGAUGCGCGGUUAAGGGGCAAUACGGAUACUACACUAAAGUGCAUCCAUUUGUCGACUGGAUAAAGCAAAAAAUGAAACAAUAUAAAGAUUAGAAAAAUGUUCAAGUUUUUAUUGAAAUUGAGUCAACCUCCAACCCAUUGCCCACGAUGAGUUGUUGCUUGUUUUAGGCUUUUACUGUUUCCUUUUGACGAUUCUUUUUUACUAAUGGGCCACAGUGAUUACUUUGUUUUGUAGUCUUGCUGCUCCUAGAUCUGUAAUUGAAAUGCACUCAGUGUCUUUAAGAAAUGAUGACAGCAGUUUUUGUUAACAAUGAAUUUUCAUUAUAAGAGGAUAGCCCUCAGACGUCACGAGGUACCAAACUUUAAAAGGAGAAUAAUCGAUUUUGGUAGACAGACGAUGUUCAUACAUGUAACUAUGAUUCCAAAGCCCCGAUUUUAAAGAAAAGUGUACUCUGAUAAAGAAUCCUUCAAUAUGUUUUUAAAAAUCUCCUUAAAUGGAAUAAUGAUAGCAGCAAAUUUUUUUUAUCCUUGUAACUUGAUGUCAGAUGAUAAUGGGCUCAGCGGUAUCUUGCUGUUUUUUUUCUUAGGUAAAGAAGUAAAUUAGUAAUAAAAUUUUUAGAUAAAUAAGUCAAUUAGUAAUAAAGUAAUGGCAGCGAUU